CGCUCCUUCCCUUCAGGAACUGCAUCGUGUAGGGAUAAUGUACCUCGCGAGCGACACCGCGACGGACAAAUGCAGCUCCCGUGGGCUCGUCGCCCUUUCAACGCUCCUCGCACGUAAUCCGGAAUCGAGGACGUGGUGCGGUGUUCCGCGCGAAACGGCACAACAUGAGGGAAGAUGAUAGGACCGUGUUAUGUCUCUUAUUAAUAUUCGCGCUAUGCUCGAGAGUAUAUUCGGCGAGCGCCAGGCAUAUAAUCACGAAGAGAAAUUACAGCGAUCAAAGUGUGAGAGGCUACCUAGCAGAGAGGAUCUGCUGGUGGAACGAAGUGUGCAAGGAGGAGUUCCACAGUAAGUUCCGAUGCCGCUGCCCGAGAUGGUCCUAUUGCCGUGCUCCCGGAAGAUAUUACGACGCACACUGCAGCAUGACGCGCACAGGCUACAUCUGGACCCAACCGGAAACGUCGCUGAGCCUCGAAAUCGAUAAAUAAAUGAUGUUAUGCAGUAUUACUCGCGCGAGAAAGAAAACAGAGAUAUAAGAAGAAGAGGAAAUCAAAUCCCUCUGUUUAAAAUCAAAAUCAACGACUAUCUGGGAUUUCCACAAAUUGUUUGUUCGCCAGUUAAUAUGCAACGAUUAUCUCUGCAAAUCUCCCCUUAAUAGUUUCCCCCUGGCAAGAGAAUAAGAGCGUUACGUAACGAAUGUUUAGAAAAUGGUUUCGCACGGGAUGUUUGGAUUUGACUGGAAGUAAUAUAAAUUGUAUUACAUCAACGAACAUGUAUGCUGCCACAAGAAUUUAUGAUUACAGAAAUUCGUUGCGAUCAGUACUAAUAAAAUGCUGACGGAGCAAUGUCCAGAUAA